UCAAGAGAGAGGAGGCUGUUGAUUUCACACAGUGACAUCAUUGUUUUAGCCUCGAGGCGAAAUAAAAAAAAGAGAGAGAGAGAGAAGAGCCACUGAAAAUGUUUUGAAACCAUGGAUAAAAAAAACAGCAGUGAAUACUCUGUGGUCUCCACACCCUCAGCUGGAAUGCAGAUAGCCCGGUUUGCUCACGAAGUGAGCUCGUGGUUUCUCUUUGUUCCUCACAGAAACUAAUCAUGGAGAGGUGGCACAAGUGGUUCGAGUUGGCCAGUGUCUGUGUGGCCAUCUCUGGCUGGAUUUGUGCCAUCUUCACCAGGACCCUUCCCGUGUGGAUCGUGACAGGAGCUGUCGAUAAUUCCACAGAUACUCUGUCAUUGUAUUGGGAUGGAAUCUGGUUGAACUGGCAGGAACCGAGGAUAGGAGACUUGCAUUGCCACUUCUAUCAGUCGCUUUUGUCCCUGGCUGGGCGCUUUAACUCCUGGAAAGUGUCGGUUAAUGUUUUGCUUGGAGUGGGAGUUAUUCCCAUAGUGCUCUACAUAGUGGCCAUGACCAUGUUCUCUCAGAAGGAGCGAAUCAAGGCAGCAGCUGGAUUUGUUUUCGUUUUAUCUGGGCUGCUCAUGCUGGUGAUUAUGAGCUGGAUCACUCAUGCCACAAACAGUGAUUUGGACACAUCCAUUUCUUUGAAGAGGGACUGGGGAGCAGCUUUAUAUUCCGGGUGGACUGGAACAGUGUUGUUUCUGAUUGGAGGAGGAGUGCUGAGUACUUGGUGGUUUAAAACAGCUCCAGGGCCACAGCAACAAAUAACGCCACAAGCAGCAGCAAUACCAGAAGCUGAGGAUCCGCUCUUUGCAAUGCAUCAUGCUGCAUUCAUUCCAAGUCCAUACAGGCAAACCACAAGACCUAUUUGAAAAUAACUCUCGCUAAAUUCAUCAUACUGUAAAAUUUGCAGUGCACUGCUGACUUCUUCUUGUACAUUUGAGACUGUUUGAAUCGACUGAAACCCUGAUAGAACACUACAUCCUGAUUCUCCAUUUCAGAGAGCUUUAAGGUUUGGAACUUUUAAGUCUCAGUCCUAGGUUUCAUUAUUCACAGUAACAGCGUUCAAUAUCUCUAAGUCUGUUCAAACAUGUUCCUGAAUAUACAAUUUUUUACAUUUGUUAAUUCUAUAACUUAUUACUGCAAUAGCCUCGACGCUGUACGUAGUUUACUGUAUGUAGUUUACUAGUAAGUGACGUGCAUAGAAUUGAGACGUGAUUUACAUUCAUUUUUAUUUGCACAUUUUGUACAUUGUUAUGAUGAUUUUGUAAGCGUUGUUGUAAGUCAGAUAUAUGGCACAAAUCUGAGAAGACAAACGAUACCAAGUGGACACUGAAACUUUUAGAUGGGUGCAGGGGAAAAUCUUGUAAUAUUUAUUUUCUGCUGGUUGUGAGGUGAACUGCAAACCUGAAGCCUUCCUGUUCUUCCCAACGGACCUUACCCUUACUGCUGAAAGUUUGCAUAUCUCCCGACUUGCCUUUCAAAGAAAAGCUGAGACAUUCUAUGCCGGCUGAGGGGUGGGGCUAACUUCUGGGCCAUAAAAAUGUAAACAAAAGCCUGAAAUGAAGAAACUCGCCGCAUGGCAAAUGUUUUGAUGGGAUCUUGGACAUGAAAUGAGUAUUACAAAUAAUUUUAAAUAUUACAAAUUGCACUUUUAAGUUAAGAGAGUAGUAGUAAUGGGGAUAUGGUGGAAUAGGCACCUUCUGUCAUUCCAUCAUUCUGUCAACUUCUGUCAUUGGGAUGAAGAUUUCCUUUGCUACACUUUGCAUGUGUACUCAUAUUUAUUUUAAUAAAUCAAUCUGUUGCCUGUC